CUUGAACCGUACAGUCGGGAACUGGGCCCCCUCCGUAACCAUUUUGGCUCAAGGCCAUACUUCUUCUACUCACUUGUUGGUAGUCCUCACGUGUAUAUCGCCUCCUGGAGUCCGCUCUGAGCGCCGCCAUGGCGGGCGGAGAGCGUGGGCACCCGCCGCCGGCAAGUCUUCCAGCAGCUUUUGCGCGCACCAGGCCAACUACACCAAAGCUGUUGGCGUCUCCCAGGUGAGCACCAUCUUGCGCUCGCCCCCGAAGCUAACCCGCUCAGAUCGGGAAGAUCUCCGUCGUGGGUUCCCGACAAUCUACAGUGGCUUUCGGGCCACACGAGGCCCGACCUGUCGGCUUCAGUAGCAGUCGCCCGAAGGCCACCGAAUGGCUGGCACUGGCAUUCCCAUAUUAUCCGUGUAAGUCUUGCAGACAGCUCGCGGGCCACGCCCCAGGACUGACGACCCAAAUUGGUGCCCUGUUAUUCGGGGCAGAUGUUUCCAUCGUCCUGGCCCCACGCCCUGUUCCACACUGCGCCGCAAGUCAAAGCGGAGGUCCCGCGUUAUGAGAUCAACGCUUGCAGGACAGGCGGUCGCUCAGGAUUUUGGGAAUGACAGUGCUUCCUACGUGGUGAAGGUUCUCGCGGACAUGUUGGGCGACCGAGCUCAUGGUCCAUUCCCACCAGUGUUUGAGGCGAUAAUCGUCGCAGACUGCAAAUCCAUGCGCUUCGCCCUGCGUCAUCUCAUUCCUUGCACAGUGGGAAGAAAGGACCGUCACCGACGUCAUUUCCAUCAGCGAUCACAGAUGCCAGUCGAGAGCUUUCGCCGGGUGCUCACCAACCACAUGAUCGCCGACGGCGCGACCAAGGAGGAGCUCAAGCGCAGGGGGCAGCUGACAUAGUCCCUGUCUGGCCCAUCGCUUUCUCACUGGUGGAAGCUGCUUCUUGUGAGGACCUCGGUGGUGGAGACGGCCUCCGGCAACGGUAGUGAUGCGGAAACGAUUUGGGUGUCAUCUUCGUUGGGAGUCACACGUCCCCC